CUGAAAGCAAUGGAGAAGGACAGUUUUCCAUUUUAGUACCCCAUUGAAUUGCCAUGGAUUCUCAGUCAGAUAUAUCACCAGCACCUCAUCUGGUAUACAUACCGAUUCCACAUUAUCCUCCAUUUAAAUUAAGAUCUUCACUCAUAGAUAAGGAUCCAGUUAUUUGGGUUCAUCUAUUAGAAGCAUAUAUAAAGUUGAUAAAGUAUUUACUACAAAAUGAUAUAAAAGUGUUAACAUAUAAAUCAUUUCAGCAAUUAGUGAAAUUCUUGAAAGUGUAUCUUCAUGAAACUUCAAUUGAAUCAUCUCGAAUCUUUUCUCUUGGGGCUAUUAAUCCUGAUAUUAAAGCCAAUACAGCAGUUCUAAGAAUAUAUAUAUUCCAAUUCUUAAAAAAAUAUGGUUUAUUAAGAUUUAUUGAAGAUAAUGAUGAUGAUGGACCAAUGAUAUGGAAUUUUGUUUCAGUAUAUGUACCCAAUAAUGCUACAAUUGUUCGUUCAUUACUCAAUUUUGAUUCUGUAAUUGCAAAGUUACAAAAUUUCUUGAAUUACAAAAUCUUAAAUAAUGAAUUCACAACUAUUGAUCUUGAUAAUUUCACUAUUUUGCUUGAUCCUCAGUUAUCGAAAAUUACUAAAUUUAAUAUGGAUAAUUCUUCAGUGAAUGUAAAAUCAAAACAAAAGCAAUCAUCAACCUUUUCAGCAUCAUUUGUUAAUCUCCAUUGGAUAAAGGUACUUGAGAAUUUAUUUCCAACUAUUUAUAGAGAUACGGUUAAGAAUCUUAUGAUUCUUUCACUUUUAUCAACAUCUACUGCAAAACUUGUUUCAUUAACUGAAAAAGAAUUAUCGAUAACAUCAGCUGGACAUUUAAAACAAUAUCCUUUGUUUGCCUCCAUUUUAAUCUCCGACCAGAUUCUUGAGUAUUUCCCUCAAUUGGGAAGUAAACUCCCGUUAUUGAAUCAAAUAAAAUUUAAGUCUGAAUCUUCAUUGGAUGAUGUUCAUGUGAAUGAAGGCGAUAUAUUCAUGUUAAUUGAUUUAUUUCCUAAUUUAACUCAAAUAAGAGCUAAACAGCUUUUAGUUGAGCACGAGCAAAAUGUAGAGAAUCUCACUAAUUUAUUAUUGGAAGACCCUUCAUUGAUAGAUAAACCAAAAAUUGAGUCCAAUACGAUUAAGAAAUCGUCAAAGCCUUCUCAAACAGUUGAGGCAACUCAUAGAUCAGUAUACGAUGACGAUAAGAUAUCGAAACUCGAUUUCUCGGACACCACAAUUAUUCACGGUAAGAAGCAAAGAAAACAAGUCAAAUUGGAUAGAAACAAUCUCUUAAUUUCUUCAUUGAAAAUGUUAUAUGAUGAAGAUGAAGAUGAACCUGAUGAUACUUAUGAUGACCAAGAAAAGACUUCAGGCUCAGCUUUUGAAGAUUCCACUCCUAGGUCAGGUACUCCUGUUCCAGGGAAACAAGAGAAUAGUGCUAGUGCCAUUGAUCCAAAUGAAAUGUAUUUGUUUGAAAUAUUCAAGACUAAAGGUGAUCAAGCGUUUAUGAAGACAUCGAGGAAAUCACAAGAGAGACAAGAGCUUAAGAAGAAUACUAAAUGGUCAGAUGAACAGAUUGAGGGCUGGUUUAAGAUGCUUUCGAAGUCUCCUAACCGAUAUAAAGUACUUGAUGAGAACUAUUUCUUUGGAGGAGGAUUCAAUAGGAAACCGAAGAAUACUACUACUACUACUACCGCUACUACAAAUAGUACUACUAGCAAGACGUCUACACCAGAGCCCAAGCCAGGUAAUGGAGGAAGUAGUCAAAGAGCAAGAAAGAUCAAGACCACCAAAAGUAGCCAUAAUCGGAGAACACAACAUAACAAGAAGACCAAUAUCGAAUUGAAGGGUCUCCAGCAGUAAAUAGUAAAGUUAUAGAAUAUCCUUGUCUGUAUGUUUAUAGUCUCAUAGUCUCAUAGUCUAUAGGCCCAUAGUGAAUCAUAUCGCAGUUAAUAGCCCUGGCCAUAUCCAGUAAUUUUUCCGCCUUAGCGCGACCAGUCUGAAUCUACCGGAACAAUUGCUCGGAUGCGAAGGCAGUACACUACAUCCGUAGCCAUUACUAU